AUCACGGGAUCUAAAAAAGAAAUUGUUUCUUGAAGCAUAACUUCUUUCGUGCUUUGUAUCAGUGUAUCGAGGCUUUCCUCAAAGAAGUAACUCAUUUUCGUCAAAGAGGACGGACAAGUUGUGAUUAGUCGCAGCCUAAGCUUGAAACAUACGCGAUCGCUAGAAAGUAAACCUUAGGGCUGAAGCUCAUCGAAUACUACGAUCUACGGUGAAUGUUAAAUCCGUGCGAACCGGCCGCGGAUUAACACGUGUAACUACCGACAGAUCGGGAUGGAUCCUUCAGUGCGAGAUGAUAAAUCAACCGACUUUCUGACUCAUAAAUCUAAAGAAGACCUUUCUCAUGAACCUAAUGGAAAGUCUUCCACCGACAUCGGGACAGCCGAGAGCGGCGAAGGAGGCAAAGAGCAACGUGAGACUUGGGGCCACAAGGCUGAAUUCAUUCUCGCCACUGUUGGUUUAGCUGUCGGUUUGGGAAAUGUUUGGAGGUUCCCGUACCUUUGUCAGAAAAACGGAGGAGGUGCUUUUCUUAUCCCUUACGUUAUCUUCAUGUUGAUUGAGGGAUUACCACUGUUCUUCCUGGAGUUAAGUAUUGGUCAGAGAAUGAGAAAAAGUGCCAUACGAUGCUGGCAGGAUGUACACCCUGCCCUUUUUGGUAUUGGUGUGUCAUGUCUCAUGGUCUCACUGAUGUUGUGCCUCUAUUAUGUGGUUGUCAUCGCUUGGUGCUGUUAUUACUUCUUCAUUUCAUUCACCAGUACCCUACCUUGGGAACAUGACAAGCUUUGCACCAACUAUAAUGAAUUUGCAAAAAUCAAAAAGACUCUUGAUAGCCUGUGCAGUGCCUCCAACAAAACUUGCAAAGCCACCCCACAGUACCAAGCAGUGAAUGCAAGUUAUCAUAAUUUCCCAGAUUGUUGUGUGCGAGACCCACCACAAUAUUACUUCUACCACCACGCAAUGCAAAUUUCAAAAAACAUUGAAGAUGCUGGAGUUGGUAUGAAUGGGAAACUUGCUGGAUGUCUAGUGUUUGCAUGGGUUAUUACAUAUCUCUGUGUGGUCAAAGGAAUUAAAUCAAGUGGAAAGGUUGUGUAUUUCACUGCAACAUUCCCCUACGUCAUUCUCAUCAUUUUGUUCUUCCGAGGUGUUACAUUGGAGGGAGCAGGAAAUGGUGUCAAGGCAUUUUUCAACCCAGAUUGGAGUUUGUUGAAUAAUGCCAAUAUUUGGAAAGAUGCUGCCACCCAGAUGUUCUUCACCCUCAGCUUAGGAUUUGGUGCACUUAUAGCAUUUUCCAGUUAUAUGCCUCUUCACAACCAAGUGAUGCGUGAUGCCUACACAGUGGUAUUCAUCAACUGUGGCACAUCAGUGUUUGCUGGAAUUGUAGUGUUCUCUAUUUUGGGAUAUAGGGAACAUGUCACAGGCAUCCCAGCUACUGAGGUUGGGUCUGGUCCAGGUCUUGCCUUCAUGACCUUUUCUGAUGCCAUUCUUUUGAUGGAUGUUUCACCACUCUGGGCCAUCCUGUUCUUCUUCAUGCUGAUUCUUCUUGGUAUCGACAGUGAGUUUGGCACCCUGGAAGCAGCCAUUGGUCCUAUCAUGGAGCUGAAGAUUUUCCCCAACAUGAGGAAGGAACUUCUUACACUUCUAGUUGCAGUGAUUUUAUUCCUGUUUGGUUUGUGCAUGGUUUCUGGACCUGGUUUCUACAUUUUCCAAAUGUUUGAUGAUUACUCUGUCACCAUCCCAUUACUUGUGAUUGCUUUGUUCCAGUGCAUUGGAGUGGCAUGGGUUUAUGGUAAUGACAGGUUUGCAGAUGACAUUGAAUUCAUGACUGGUAAGCGACCAUGGAUUGGCUGGAUGAUCUGCUGGAAAUACAUCUCCCCACUGGCUUUGUUUGUAGUUCUUAUUGCCCUAAUUGCCCAACAAAGCCAAAGUGCUCCAACAUACUCCAAAUUUGUUGGAUGUACACAGGACCCCUAUAGUGGUGCUGGGUCAGACAAAUGGACAGUAAGGGAAAAAUACCCUGACUGGGCAGUGUUUGUUCUUGUGAUGAUUGUGCUUGUCUCUACUCUGCCAAUUCUCAUCUGGAUGAUUAAGGAUUGGCCAAAGAACUGGCGUCAAGGCUUCCACAAAACAUUCUGUACUGGUGUCAACAAUUACCUGCCAGAUCCUAAGAAGGAAGAGAUUCCAGGAGAUGCAAAAAGGGGUUCCAGUAACUAUGGCAUGGAAGGAGGCAAUGUUAUGUAAAUCAACUGUGAAAUUUCAAGUAGCAUUUAUGUCGGUUAUUAUGUUACACACUGUUAAAUGUGAAUUAAGAGUGCAAAAAGCUGCUGAUGGGGGUAGUCAUAAAAUCAAUCACAAUUUUUAGCUUAUAACUGGGUAACCCUGAUGUUGCUUAAAUUUUUGUAAGCUUUGUAAGAAAAUUGUCAUUAUAGAUGUAUGCAUAUUCUUUAGAUGUCCUUAAACAUAUUAGAUUGACAAAGUUUUUUCACUCAGACACAAAAUUGUAUUGUUGAGAGUUUAACCCAAUUAAUUCAAUUUAACCAUGCCUUGUAAGAGUUCAAGCACAUCUCUUCAGUUUUCAUCUUUGUACAAUCACGGGGUUUGGGGAAAGUAGAGCAAUUUACAAAGACUUGUCUUGUAUCUGGAAUGUUCAAACAAUUUCUCAUAUAUAUAUUUUUAAAAAUCUGGGUCAAAAGGUCCAUUUAGCAUUAUUCUAACAACAUUUUGUAAAUUGGCAAUUUCUGCACAUCAAGUUAUUUUUUUUGGUGAAGUCACACAUGUUUUAAUUAAAAACUACAACUGUU